AUGGAAGCACUAGUGAAAGACGUGCAAGUAAGACAUAAUCAUUUAUUGAAAGAAAAGAAAAAAAUUAAAGAUUUUGGGGAUGAAGUAUUUGAAGCUGAACAAUCGUUUGUAGAUAAAAUAAAUAAUGAAAGAAAAAUAUCUGCAAACGCGCUUGAAGAACUAAAAGAAGUGAAACAAUUCAAUGCCAAAAUAAAUAAGGAUUUGGAACUUCAGCAAGUUGAUUUGAAUAAUCAGAGAAAAUAUGUAAAAGAAUUAGAAGAAAUUGGUAGAAAUAUGGUAGAAUCAGUAAGAAUAUUGGAAAAGGAGAAAAAAUUAUUGGAAAAAAGGUUAAUUGAAGAAAAAAGUACAGUCGAACACAUUCAAAGCCCUUUAGUAGUAACUUCGACCUUAGGUUUAAUUUAA